CAGUUGCAACGGGACACCUUUUUCUGCUAUCGCGCCUCGGAACACAGCGGUCCUUGUUCUCGCACAGUGGCCGGUGUUGUGUACUCGUCAUUUACGGUGUUCGUGUUUGUCGUGGCGUUGUUCGUGCGUUUUUAAUCUCGUCCUGUUCAAUCCCUGUCCUUGCCCGGUCGGAAGGAUGUGGGAUUCAUCGGUGUUUUUAAGCACUCUGACUCCCAAAUUUUACGUCGCUCUCACUGGCACAUCUAGUCUUAUAUCCGGAUUGAUUCUCAUAUUCGAAUGGUGGUACUUCCGGAAGUAUGGCACGUCAUUCAUUGAGCAAGUUUCCAUCAACCACAUCAGUCCGUGGAUUAGUGGCAAUGAUAAUGGAACCGAAUCGCUGGCACCAAGCAAUAGCAGCAGUAGUAGUAGCGGAAGUAGCAACAACACUACCACCGCCACCACACAAAACAUGCCGGAAUGCAAGGUUUGGCGCAAUCCGUUGAAUCUUUUCCGUGGCGCCGAGUAUCAACGGUUCUACUGGGCGACGCAGAAGGAACCGCUCACCUUCUACGAUAUGAACCUGUCGGCCCAGGAUCACCAGACAUUCUUCACCUGCGAGGGGGAUGCUGGAAAGGCCGAAUACGAGAUUAUGCAGACGGCGUGGCGUGAGCGCAACCCGGUUGUGCGGAUAAAGGCCGCCAAGAAUGCGCUCGAAAUCAAUCCGGACUGUGCACCCGCCUACAUACUGCUGGCCGAGGAGGAAGCGACCACCAUCGUGGAAGCGGAGAAGAUCCUUCGCACGGCGCUAAAGGUGGCCGAGAGUAACUACAAGAAGUCGCAAACUUUCCAGCACCAGGGCGCAAUCGCGGAGGGCAUCCAUCGGCGUGACACGAACGUGCUGAUCUACAUCAAGCGACGGCUUGCCAUGUGCGCCCGUAAGCUGGGCAAGUUGAAGGAGGCAGUCAAGAUGUUUCGCGACCUGACCAAAGAGAUACCGCCCAUCAUGAACGUACUUAAUAUCCACGAGAACCUGCUCGAGGCACUGCUGGAGAUGCAAGCGUACGCCGACUGCCAAGCGGUGCUGGCGAAGUACGACGACAUUUCGCUACCAAAAUCGGCAACCAUUUGCUAUACUGCGGCCCUGCUGAAGGCUCGUGUGGUGGCGGAAAAGUUUUCACCCGACAUUGCCUCCAAGCGUGGGCUCAGCCCGGCGGAGAUGAGUGCCGUCGAGGCGAUCCACCGGGCGGUCGAGUUUAAUCCACAUGUCCCGAAGUACCUGCUCGAGAUGAAGCAGCUGAUCCUGCCACCGGAGCAUAUUCUCAAGCGCGGUGAUUCCGAAGCGCUGGCAUACGCCUUCUUUCACCUGAACCACUGGAAGAAUGUCGAGGGUGCGCUUAACCUUCUCCACUGCACCUGGGAGGGCACAUUCCGGAUGCUUCCUUAUCCGCUCGAGCGUGGCCACCUCUUUUAUCCCUACCCAACGUGCACCGAGUGUGCCGAUCGUGAGUUGCUGCCCUCCUUCCACGAGGUGUCCGUCUAUCCGAAAAAGGAGCUUCCGUUCUUCAUCCUCUUCACCGCGGGCCUUUGCUCGAUCACAGCCCUGCUGGCCCUUCUCACCCAUCAGUACCCGGAGUCGAUGGGAAUCUUUGCCAGCACGACGCUGAAUUGGUUUUCGCUUCCGUUCCACUUCGUUAAGGAACGUAUCGAAUCGGUCUGGCCGUGCAAUCUACUCCAGCAGCUUUCCCGCAUUUAAGCGCGCACUUUCUUACACCAUCUUCCCAUCCCUAUCCCCCCCACUGCCCAGAUAUUGUUCCACUCCACGCUCCUUACCUUUAUGCCAGCUUAUAGGCAAAGAGCAUCCUUGCUGAGUAAGUCUCUUUUUGUGGCUUUCUUUUAAACAAAUACACAACUUUAUCACUUACUUUCUUAACACGGCGGGAAAAGGGCCGGACGCAUGGAAAGAUUACAAAAUCAAUAGCACAAACAAAAACCGCUUAAGUUUCGUCGGACAAGUUCUCUGGUCUCCGGUCUCCGACCGAAGCGGGACUGCCGGUGAGUGAUGAUGAUCGUUAGUGUAUUAAAAAUUAUGGAUGAAUGUGUAACUAAGCGUAUUUGUGGGAUGAUGUUGUGCGUGAUCGAAAGGAUGCAGAAUGAAUGCACCGAUUGCGUCACACUAGUACCAUCCCACGCCUCUGUGUAACAGUCUGUCUGUCACUAUUUUAUGUCGUUGGUUUUGUUCUGUGUGUGCGAAGCUCAAAUCUUCAAAGCCCACACAAGGGCCCACAGAUUUGGGUAGAAAUAAAAUUAUAACUUAUAAAGAAGAAGUAAAACACUUCAAGCAAAUUAAAAUCGAGUUUUCGUC